AUGAAAAGAACAACUUUAUUGUUAAAUCAGAUGAUUAUGCCAAGGGAAUCAAUCAAUCUUCACACAAAUACUGGAAUAAAAAUCCCAUAUAAUAAAAGAAUAGAGCAAGACUUAAGGCACGAUUUAUCUGUAUUCAUUAAAGAAAAUAAUAAUAAAAUUAAUAAUGUAUUUGAUAUACAAAUUCCAGACCUUAAAACAUUGGAAAAGGGCACUAAACCCGAAGCUGAUGUUGCGAACGAGGAGCUCGUUAAACGACCUUUAGUUGUGGAACAUCUCAAAAGAAUUUUCAAUCCAAAUAAAAAUGUAUCAAAUUAUUACAUGAUCUGUGGUGAACAUGGAACUGGAAAAACAACAUUGACAAAGAUUGCAUCAAAAGAAGUUGGGAAGGGUGUAAUAUAUUUUGAUGUUCCUGAAAAUCCAACUAUCGAAAAGUUUGGUAUGGCAUUUGGGAAAGUCCUUAACUUUACAUUUGAGGAACAUAUCUCCUUUACGGCACAAUUAAUAAAUAAAAUAUUGGGUAUUACUCCUGGUAGGUUAAUUGGUUUUGGCAUUAUUUUUGAUAACAAAGCUUUUGAUCCUAAUUUUUCUUUUAUAGAAAAACCAAGGCUGGAGAAAUGGGAGAGAGUUUUAGAAGCUUUUAAGUGUACUUCUACAUUAUAUAAAAAGAAAUAUGGCAAACCUCCGGUUAUUAUUUAUGAUAGUAUUAGUCUAUUGAUUCCCAAAUAUUUAGAAAUUCUUGACACCCUUCAGGAUGGAGCUAAAAAGGGUGCCGAUGAAAGGAAAUUUGUUGCUGUAUUUGUUUCAAGUGAAGGUUCAGUUCCCCAAAGAAUGGAGCAACGCAGUGCUUCGUCACGAGCAGAUAAACCACUAAUAGAAAUCGGUGACCUUAGCAAAGAAGAAACAAUGGAAUAUCUAAUCAAAAAGCGUGGGAUUAAUUCUGUAGAAGCAGAAAGACUAUAUGAUUUAGUUGGUGGACGUCUUGUGAAUUUGAAGUCUGUAGCAGACAAAUCUCUAGCUGGACAAUCCUUUGAAGACAUCAAAACAAUAGUUUUUAACAACAUCUUUAAUAAUUUUGAAAAGGCAAAGAUUAAUCCAAAUCAAAAAAAUCACGAGAUUGCAAAAAUUAUUAUAAGAGCUUUAUUAAAUUCUAAUAAUAUUCUUCAUGUUAGUAUGCUUCGAGAAUUGACCAAAGUGGAACCGAACCAGUUAUUAGAGAAUAAUGUGUUUGCAUAUCAUCCAAGCAAUAAGACUGUAACUUUUCAGUCUCGCUCAAUAGAAUUUUAUAUCCGGGAAAAUGCUGACAAAUUUAUUAAAUAA